AUGGAUGCGUUCAAGCUCCUCACGCGGUCAACAAAACUCAAAACGGGCCCGGUUUCUAGGCCAGCAAUAUCAAAUUCCUUACCAUCCGCGGGCGCAGCUGCAAAUCCUCAGCUAUUUUCUGGUCGUCAUGAGCCGGAUGCUGCAGAAGCUUAUAACGAACAAAACGGAAUAAAAGGAAGGAAGCGGAAGAGAGGAUCAGAUGGAAAUGAACUCUCUGCAGAUGCCAGUGCCAUAACUCUAGACUUUUUUGGUUCUGGUUCCUCAGCUCAUGAUUUUUCCAACGGCCAGGCGAAAACCGGAACACAAGAUCAGAACGAGGAUGAUGGGAAGAAGACAAGCGUUUCCGAUGAGAUUGCUAUCAGCGAGAGUCCAUUGAGCAUAGAAGAGCGAAAAGCAGUUUUAACGGCGCAUAAGAUCAAAGUAACGGAUCUUCGGACCCCGCCGGUGAUUGCGGAAGAUGACAAAAAGUCAGGGAAAAAGAAAAAGAAACAGAAGGGCGAACAGGCACCUAUUUUCCUAAGCCGGAAACAGCAGAGGAAAUCUCAGAGAAUGUAUCCACGGCCAUUAAUGUCAUUUCAGCAGUUGCGAACAAGAUAUCGGAUUUCUCGACGGCUUUCGGAGAACAUUCUUAAUCAGGGAUACGCUGUGCCUACUGAGGUCCAGCUUGGCGCACUCCCAUUGUUGCUUGGGGAUUGUCAGAGCUCGUCCGCGAGAAGUCAAGAGGACGGAUUUCAGUUAUCCCAAUCCACGCUUGAACCAGAUCUAUUGGUUGUUGCACCUACAGGGAGUGGAAAAACACUUGCGUUCAUGAUUCCGCUCAUUAAUAAAAUAAUAUGCCAUCAUCACCUAGGCGAAUCGCAAUCGAGGGAUUUGUUUGCGGUCAUUUUAGCUCCGACAAAAGAGCUUGUCUCACAAAUCGUUAACGAGGGCAGAAAGCUCAUGGUGGGUACUGGUGUGAAGAUUACAGCCGUGCGGAAAGGAAUGCGGGUUGUGGAAGACAUGGAAAUGGAAGAAGCAUUUUUAGAUGAAGAAAGUGGGAUCUCCGAAGACGAAGACGAUGAAGCCGCAAAGGCAAAACGACUCGGAGGAAAGGUUCCCGUCACGAAAAGCGACAUUUUGGUCUCUACUCCCCUGUUACUUGCAAAUUCUCUUUCUGGUAACAAAAGCCGUUCUAUCGCUCCUCUACCAACAAUCCAAAGUCUUGUCCUAGAUGAGGCCGAUGUGCUCCUAGACUCCCUAUUCCGUGACCAAACUCUAGAGGUAUGGCGUGCGUGCACAAAUGCGCGACUCAGAGUUGGACUAUGGUCUGCGACCAUGGGUUCGAGUAUCGAAGAGCUUACCAAGUCAACAAUUAACGAGCGACGGCGAUCGCUAGGGCUACGCGAUGAAUCAUUCCUGGUCCGGCUAGUUGUUGGGUUAAAAGAUACUGCCAUUCCCAAUAUCUCCCAUAAGCUCGUCUACGCUGCGACCGAACAGGGGAAGCUUCUGGGGCUACGACAACUUCUGAAUCCAAAGGGCGCAAGUUCCACCUCAGACACCCAUCUACGAGCACCCUUUUUGGUAUUCACACAAACCAUCUCUAGGGCUGUGGCACUACACUCUGAAUUGAAAUACGACAUCCCUGCUGAAGCUGGCGGUUCGUCACGUAUCGCUGUUCUACAUUCUGAGCUGUCUGACUCGCAACGAUCUGACAUCAUGGCGGGCUUCCGCAAAGGCGAAAUAUGGAUCCUCAUCACAACUGACCUUCUCUCGCGCGGUGUAGACUUCCGCGGGAUUAACGGCGUUGUGAACUAUGACAUUCCCAACUCUAGUGCGACAUAUGUCCAUCGCGUAGGCAGGACAGGACGAGCUGGACGUGAGGGUGGAGUAGCGGUCACCUUUUACACAAAGGAGGACAUCCCCUAUGUGAAAAACAUUGCGAAUGUUAUCGCUGCCAGCGAGAAGUUGCGUGGAGUUUCUGAAGAUAAAGGCAUCCAGGAAUGGUUGCUGAAUGCAUUACCCAAUCUGUCAAAGAAGGAUAAGAAGGAUCUAAAGCAACACGGUGUAAGACUUCGACGACCGAUGACGAAAAAAGGGGCGCAGGAUGAGAAGGCGCGCAGUCAAACGCGGAUAAGUACGAAGAGUGGGUUUGAGCGGCGAAAGGAGCAUAAUCGGAGAGAUGCGGCUAAGGCAAGCAGACGGCGGAUGCAUGCUGGCCUGGCAGAAGAUGGAGAAAAUCCAAGUGAUAAUGGAUCUUGGGAUGGUAUCGAAGAGUAAACAUUCCGAAUAUAUGCACCGUACAUAUAUGCCCACGACCUGAUCCCCAGAAUUCAGCAACUUCAUAUAACUCCUACAAAUGAACCGAAAUUUUCCCGCCUUCAGCCUUCCUUCUCCUUCCCUCUCCCUU